UACCUUUCCUCUGGCUUUCCAACAAAUUAUUAAUCGCUGUCACAUCUUUGAGACACAAAAACAUCAUCGGAAUUUGAAGGUUUGAACUCAUUCUCAAUGGCCAGUGAGACAAGUAGAAGCUCCAGAAGGGUUGGAACAAGAACAAAUUCAUCAUCACAAGCACCAGAGGCUGAAGAGAUCGUACCUAAUUCAGGAUGGACAGACGAUGAUUCAGGCCAUUUUCUUCUCGUAGAUCUUCCCGACUUCAAGAAGGAGGAGGUGAGUCUUCAAGUUGAUACCUCCGGUGGCUGCAUAAUUGUGAAAGGCGAAAGGUAUACAAAUGAACAGAAACGUGUUCACUUUGAGCUGAAAUUUGCAGUGCCAGCAGAUGCAGAUUUGGAGAACGUAUCCGGAAACUUUGACAGUGAAAUCCUUCACGUGCACGUUCCCAAGCGAGCUUCACAAGAGAAUAGAGAAAGUGGCAGAGAGAAAGCUUCAAAUAGGGCAGAAGAAACUGAAACUGAGGAACACGAUGCUGUGAAUGAGGAUUAUGUUGGCCAUGGACAUGACAGCGAGAAUGAAGAAAGAGGAAAUAAAGAUACACAUAACAUAUAUGAUUAUUCUCAGAACUUAACAAGGAAGAGGGAGCAAAAACACUUAUCAAGAACUCUAAUGGAGGUUCUGAUGAGAAACAAGGGAGUUGUUACAGCUGCUAUUGUGGCUUUUUCCUUUGGUUUGUAUGUUUCUCAUAAGUUCCAUUCAUGGAAUGAACCAUAAGUGAAGUCCCUUAGUUGAAAACUAUACAUCAAUCUAUUAUAUAUAUACAAAAGUAACAAUAUGUGUUAGGUUGAUAUUAUAUAUAUAUAAUCAACAAUGCGUGUAUUUUAUUCCUUUUUU